AUGGUGCAAAUUGGAUUCUACAUUCUAGCGAGGUUGUUUUCUGCCUUGCUUCCUCCUGUCGAUCCCAACGAAGACAACUUCUAUGAGAUUUUGGGUCUUGAGAAGAAUGCCACCAAUGAGCAGAUUCGCAAAGCCUACAAAAAGACGUCAUUGCGGUUGCAUCCUGACAAAGUUGCCCAACGAGGGGACAUGGACAAGGAUGAAGCAGCUGCGAAAUACGAAAAAGUGCAAGAAGCAUAUGGUGUUUUGGUCAAUGACGAGAAACGGGAUCGAUACCAUGCUUUGAGUACCAGCACGACUCGUUACAGAUUCAUCGAACAAGGAGGACUCACCAACCCGGGAAGUCUUUACGAAAACCUAACGAGUGCUAGCCUUGCCGAGAAGACGAAAUUAGUUGGAAUGGCGUGGGUGAUUAUGCUGUUCAUUUUGAUUCAGCCGAUCUUGCUUGGUGCCAAAAUCAAUCAGUUUUUGGAAGGUACUGGACCAUUGGUGGACGUAAGCUGGGCUGUCAUUUUCACCCCCUUUUGGAUUUUUGGACUAUUGGGAAUUGCGUUCUGGUCGGUGAUACUCUAUUUUGCGCCUCCUGGAGAAAAGAUCCUUGUUAUCGUGGCUAUAUUGGAGCAGGUAUUCUGGUAUUUAACAGUUGUGUUCUUAACUGUCAAAUGGGAUGGAUGGGAUGCUCCAUAUCGACAAGUCUUGAUUCCAUUUUACAUAGCCUAUGUUAUCGGUUGGAUCAAGAAAGUUCUAACGAUAUUCAAGAUUAGAGGUGAUGUUGCAAAGAUGGUCACUAUGGACUAUUUGGAGAAUGAGAUUCUUCAAGGAAAGAAUCUUGAUGACCUGACUUCAGAAGAAGAGAUGCAAUUGAGGAAGGAUUACAUUAUUGUUUCUGUCCCUCCUGAAUUUGAACCAAUUGAGCUUGAUGGAGUCACGCCUGACGAGAAAAUAUUGGAGGAACAGAAAGUGGAAGCUAGUCCGGAAUAUGAGGCAGCUACCGAUAUGUACAACGCAACGCUUGGAACACUCUACGGAUCGGUUGCAUUUUCAAUUGUCUUUUUGAUUUUGCUCACGCUCAAGCUUGAUGACAAGAUUAGUGGAAAUUGGUGGGUGGUAUUCACUCCAUUUCUCAUCUAUAUCAUCGCUCGACUCUUGAAUGCCUGCUUCAUUCUUGUUUGCGGUAGUGGCGAAGAGAUUGCCUUGCAAAUGCAAGAGCAAGAAGAGGGUGACAACAGUGAGUUUGUCGACCUCGAAGGAAACGCUACCAAGGACGGGGACAAGCAAAAGGGCGAGGAGAAAGGCGAGGAGAAAGAUGAGCCAGCAACGACCAGUGAAUCCAACACUAGUGCUGAGGCCCAAGGUAAAGCGGACGAAAAAAACACACCCGCUCCAGCACCUCCUGCAGCAGCUGAAGAGGCGUCGACAAAGACCGAGAGCACACCAGCACCAACAGUUUCAUCCGCUGACACGAGUAGCAAACCAAAUGGGGACCCGUCAAAUAACGAUACUCCUCCAAAACCUGCCAAUGAAGAUGAUUCCGAUGACGAAAUUCAUAUUGAUGAGGAAACCUUUAAAGCUUGGCAAAGUGCAUACGUGGAAGCCGAGAAAAAUGCGAUGGAGGCCAUAUUCAAGGCUGCUGGCGAUUGUUGUAUGUUCACUUUCCAACUGAUAUUCUUGUGUCUGAUUAUUGCAAAGAUCGAUAAGAACUAUGACGAUAUCGAUCCCGAUGAUGUCGGUUUCGAUGUAUUCUGGAUAUUAUCGCCACUUUUCAUUGUCUUUGGGUGCAUCGGAGUUUGUUGUGCCUGUCUCAUUUAUGGAGCGGCACCAGGAAAUGCCAUGGAUCUCACUGGGGAACCAGAAAUGGAAGAAACGGCCCACAACUUUGAAGAUCCGGAGACGGGGGGGCCUAUUGUGACUCCGCCUCCAGCACCAAUAAUUUCCGAACCUCCAAAGGACACGAUUCCUUUGGCCAGCGCACCGGCACCUGCAGCAACGGAGCCACAAUCGGAGCCACAACAAAAGAAUGCCAUGCUAGAAGAGUCGCCAGAUAUGGAAGAUCUCGACUAG